AUGAGGUAAAUUGUUUUGCUCAUUUUUUCUUUUGCUCUUUCUUUGGCUGAUACAUGUUUUAACGAUUGCGCUACAUGUGAUAGCUAAAACGUUUGUCUAUCAUGUAGCGGUGAUAAUGAAAUAGUUAACAGUUAUUAAACUGCAUGCAUUUGUUAAAAUAAUUACUAUGCAACUGAACUUGAUCCUAUUGUUUGUAAACCGAUGGCAGUAGAUUAAGCAAGUGAUUAAUGCGAAUAAGAAAUAAAUCUUAAUGUUGCUAACUUUGAUAUAAUUGUUAAUAGCUUUUAUUUAACUUAAGAAAAUCCUGCUAAUGAUUCUUAACAAAAUUAUGUUGUUUUUUAAAUAAAAAUAGACUCUGAACACUCUUAAUUCAAUUCUUAUAAUUGUAGAUCUUAUUUAUAUACCUAUAUUUAAUACAGUCCUAGUAAUUUAAAUGGGUCUGACGAAGAUUCUAACUAUACAAUGCUGAUACCUGUACUUAAUAACGAAUAAUCAUAUGUUAGUUAGCUUAUUGGAGGUUAGCAAGGAGAUUAAAAUAUUUAAAUUCCUCUUAAUGAUAUCUACACGCUUGCUCAUGUUUAGCAAAUAAGCGAUGAUAAUUCUUAAAUAGUAUAAUAGAUGUGGUUUAGAGUAUUGAUAGGAUCUGAACACACUAUUUUUAGAUCUCAUCGCUGGAUUACAUAUAUAUUUACUAAUAGGGAUUAAGUACAGUUUUUUAAUUCUAAUGUGGAUACAAAAUCAACAUAAGGAUGCUAACCUGGAAUGAAUUGUAUAAUUAUACCUGAUUUAGAUGUAACUGGUAAUGAGUAUUAAUCAGAUUGGACUACAUUGGUGAAUGAUAAAAUUUAUAUAAUUGGAGACUAUUUAUAUUUAAGAAUUUGGUUUAAAGAUUCAACAUAUAAAAAGUAGCUAUCAUUUAAUAAGAUAUUCUUUUUGAAUGAUUAAGGUUAGAUAUUUGACUAUUCGUCUUUAGUAGACAAAAGUUAAACUUAAUGGAACAAUACUGACAAUUCUCUUCACAUUAUGAUCUAGUUGGUAGAGCCUUCAAUAAGUGCAUAAAUAUAAGUGGAAAUGUUUAUUUAAACCACUCCUUCAGGACUCCUUAGAUAAUUAACUCAGAAGGGUUAGAUCAUCUCAUAAUAGUUUUCUUUGCAUAUUUCAAAAUCUAAUAGCAAAACUUCAAACUCUAACUCAUAAAAUCCAUACUCUUAUUCCAAACCUUUCUUAUUGACACUUCCAUUAAUUUAACUCAUAGUCUUAUUAUUGUUUUUAUGA